AUGGGUGAUGUUGGCAGCUCUGAACCGUCCGAAUGGACUCAGGUCAAUGGAUCUCAUACCUCGGAUGAAGUAUAUGCCAGUGAAAGCGGAACUGUAGAGCCCAUCGCAAUUGUUGGCGUGGGCUGCCGACUGCCUGGAGGUGCUUCAUCGCCUUCAAAGCUUUGGGAUUUACUUGCUGCCGGAAAGUCGGCUUGGGGCCCUUUCCCAGCAAAUCGAUUCAGUCAUACAGGUUUCCACAGCCCAUCAGGACUCAAGAAUGGAACUACAAAUACGAAUGGUGGUCACUUCCUAGAGGAAGAUAUUGCUGCUUUUGAUGCCGCUUUCUUUGGGAUUCGGCCCAUGGAAGCUACCGCCAUUGACCCCCAACAAAGACUUCUUCUCGAGGUUGCCUAUGAGGCAUUUGAAAAUGCCGGCAUUACAAGUGAACAGUUAUGGGGAUCAAAUACUGGUGUUUAUGUUGGACAGUGGACAUCCGAUUAUAAUGAAGUCCUCAGUCGUGACACCAACUUCCCAGCUUUUUAUCAGACAACAGGCACUGGUCCGGCCAUAUCCUCCAACAGAUUAUCCUAUUACUAUAAUACAAAGGGCCCGAGUUUUACAGUUGACACUGGCUGCUCUGCGAGUAUGGUGGCUCUACACUCAGCUGUUCAGAGUCUUCGAACAGGAGAAACCGACCGCAGUUUUGUGGCUGGUGUCAACUUGACUCUAGAUCCACAGAGAUAUACAUACCAGAGCCAGCUCAAAAUGUUCUCGAACGAAGGAAAGUCUUUCCCAUUCGACGAAAGAGCAAAUGGUUACGGUCGAGGAGAAGGCUGCACCGGUGUGGUUAUACAAACUCUAUCCAGCGCCCUCAAAGAGGGGAAGCCAAUCCGGGCUAUAAUCCGAAACUCCGUCCUCAACCAGGAUGGUAGAACUCCUGGUAUUAGCGUUCCUAGUGGCCUUGCUCAAUCUGCGGCUAUCCGUAAGGCUUACGCUCAAGCUGGUAUCAACCUACUUGACGUCGACUACGUUGAGGCUCACGGUACAGGUACCAAGGUUGGAGAUCCAAUUGAAGCAAAGGCGAUUGCUGAAGCGUUGUCAUGUCAAAGAGAGAUGGAUAAUCCUCUGUUGAUCGGAUCCGUAAAAGGAAAUGUGGGGCACUUAGAGAGUGCCGCCGGUUUGACUGGCAUGUUGAAGAGUAUUUUGAUGCUCGAGAAGGGCUUCGUUCCUCCUCAAGUCAACUUUGAGCGCGCAAACACCACAAUUCCCCUCAAACAGCUGAAGUUAAGGAUACCACUUCAGUUAGAGCGUCGAGAUCUCCGCCGCAUCUCUGUUAACUGCUUUGGUUAUGGUGGUACAAAUGCACACGUUAUCCUUGAUUCUGUGGACUCUUUUUUUGCGCCACCGUCGCCAUUGGCUGGGCGAAUCAAUGCUUCCUCGAAGUCUCAAAAAUUAGUUAGGAACAGAAUUUUUGUUCUAAGUGCCGAGACUGAGAAGUCUGCCCAGGGUUCGGCGCAACGAAUGGUAGAAUACCUCAAGACAAAAGCUUCGGAAUCCGCUGAGUCCGAAGGGUGGUUGGAUAACCUCGCAUAUACCCUUGGCCGCAGAUCCGUUUUUGGACAUCGCGCCGGUGUGGUGGCAUCAAGAAUUGAAGAACUUAUAACUCAAUUGGAUGACUUGUCCAAGACACCCAUUCCGCGAAGGGACACGAAAGGACAGCGACGUGUAGGAUUUGUCUUCAGUGGACAAGGUGCGCAAUAUGCCGGGAUGGGAAGUGAAUUGCUUGGAAAGUGGCCUAGCUUUACCAGAUCAAUCAACCGUGCGGGACAACAAUUGAAAGAAAUCGGCUGCUCUUGGGAUCUUACCACAGAACUGUUGAAGUCAGCAGAAACAACUCGCGUUGACGAGCCGGAAGUUGCUCAGCCAUUAUCCACUGCCAUUCAACUUGCCCUUGCAGAUUCACUUGCUGAGUUGGGUAUCCUACCGUCUUUUGUAGCGGGUCACUCAAGCGGUGAAAUCGGUGCUGCAUACUGUGCCAAAGCUAUAUCCUUUGAGGAUGCAAUGACGGUCUCUUAUCACCGAGGCCGUCUUGCCAGUGUCCUGCGCAAGAGGGUUUCCGACUGUCCCGGGGGCAUGUUGGCUGUUGGAGAGUCUCCUGAAGCCGUUGCUGAGAAGAUCAAGGAGAUUGGAGAUGCACAAAAACGCCUUCGUAUUGCCUGCUUCAACAGUCCAUCCAGUGUAACUGUAUCUGGUGAUGAUGACGCGAUUGAAUUGCUUCAAGAAGUCUUGGGCGAUGCGGACAUCUUCAACCGUAAGUUACGGACGGGAGGCGCAGCUUACCACUCGCAUCAAAUGAAUUUGAUUGAAAGCGAGUACCGCGCAGCUCUGGAGGGUAUCGAAGGCGGCAAAACAGAUAGUUCUGUUGUAAUGAUUUCAUCACUUACCAGUGAAGAAGUCGGAGACACUAUUAUCGACAGGGACUACUGGGUUCAAAAUCUGGUAUCUCCAGUACAGUUCACUGAAGCUACCAAGAAAAUGUGCCAAUUCAAGUCAGGACACAAGAGACUCGAUGUGCUUCUUGAGUUGGGUCCUCACUUCCAGCUUGGCGGUCCCAUCUCUCAGACACUCCGUACCCUUCGGGGAGAUGCUGCUAAGAUUCCUUACACAGGAACCCUCAAGCGAGGGACAAACGCAGAAACUACUAUCUUUUCGGCACUACGAACGUUGUUCUUGGAAGGAUUCCCAGUCAAGCUUGAUCUUGCCAACAAUGGGUUCGAUGCAACAACUAUUAACAAGCUCCUGACUGACGUUCCCGCUUAUGCCUUCGACCAUAGCCGGACGUUUUGGCACGAGAGUCGCAUCUCCAAGGCUUACAGAAAUAGAAAGUCUAUUCCUCAUGAUCUUUUGGGAACAAUGGGGGGCGACUAUAACAGCGUUGAGCCCCGAUGGCGCAAAUUCAUCCGCUUGGAUGAACUUCCUUGGCUACGUGGACACAUUGUUCAAGGCCAAAUCGUCUUCCCUGCCGCAGGUUACCUCGCUCUGGCUAUUCAAGCUAUGAAAGAGCACACUUUUGCUGAGAGUCCAGAAGCAUCCAUCAAGAACUAUAACAUUCGCAACGUCAGCUUUGGGCAAGCUUUGGUCUUGUCAGAAGGCGUCGAAGACCUCGAGAUCAACUUCUCAUUGAGACCGCAAGUCCACUCUGCCCGGAAGUCUUCUAAGAACUGGAGCGAGUUCCGCGUUUUUACUGUCAACGCCGAUAACGCUUGGACAGAGCACUGUCGUGGUUUGAUCAAUGCUGACCUCACUAGUGAAGGGGACCUUGAUAAGAUUAUCUCCACGGAGGAUCAGAAAUUGCACGCACAAUUGAUUCAAUCGGGGCGGGACAUCAACCCCAAGAAAUUGUACUUCUUGGCCAAAGACUUGGGCCUCGACUGGGCGAGUCCAUUUGACAAUGUCAUUGAUGUAAAGACUACACAAGGUUCAGCUAUUGCGACAGUAAAACCAUCGGACGAGGAUGCAUCUCCAUAUCUCAUUCACCCAGCCGUUCUCGACGCCUGUCUCUUCCACAGUCUCUACGCCGUCCUAAUCUUUGAGGACAACUUCAAAGAGACUGUUGUGCCUACCUUCAUCAAGAAAAUGACUAUUUCAGGGAACAUAGACAUGUCGACGAAGAAUUUGACAUGUUACGCCCACAGAACCACAGGUCAAUUGACUUACGAUAUUGGUAUUUUUGACAAUGAGACCCAACCAGGAAAGGUGAUUCUUCAAGCAUCAACUGUUACUGCGACUCGCCUACCAGGGCUUGUUCCUGUGGCAGGAAACUCCCGGGAUUUCAUCCACUCAAUUGAGUGGGCAACCUACAUGCGAAACGUAACAAAAGACCAGGUGGAUGCUAAGUUCAAACAAGGCCUGGAGAACCAAGGUUCCGUUGUGCACAGAAACCAAAGGUUGGAUGCAUUAGCCACAUCGUAUUUGCAGCAGGCGUUGAAAGAGGUGUCUCCAGAGGAAGUUCCAGAAGGACACUUGAAAUAUUGGUAUGCCUGGAUGCAAACACAUGCAACCGAUACUUUCAAUGCUGCUGCUCUGGUUGAGGCAAUGACGGAUGAAACUAUUGGUGGUCAAGCUCUCCGAAGACUUGGACCUCACUUCCCAGGUAUCCUUCGAGGAAACGCGCAUCCUUUGACAUUCGUCAGAGAGGACAAUCUGUUGGAGAAGAUCUAUCUCGAGGAACGAUGCAUUCGGUGUUAUGACCAAAUUGCUGCGUACUGUGCUCAGUAUGGUCGACAGACACCUGAUAUGAAAGUUCUUGAGAUUGGAGCCGGAACAGCAUCGGUGACCUUGCCAUUGUUGCAAAGGCUCAAGCCAGAUGACAGAGUCCUUGCAUCUCGAUAUGACUUUACAGAUAUCUCCGCAGGAUUCUUCCCGGCAGCCAAAGAACGCCUCGUCGAUUUUGAAGAUAUCGUAAACUACCAAGUUCUUAAUGCUGAGAACGAUCCUGUUGAGCAAGGGUUCACUCCCAACAGCUACGACAUCAUCAUUGCCUGUAACGUCAUUCACGCAACCUCGAGGAUCGAAACAGUGCUAAAUAACGUGAGAUCAUUGCUCAAACCGGGUGGUAAAUUCAUUCUGAUGGAAAUCACAAUGAAUCAGCUCUACUACAACUUGUUCUAUGGAACAUUCUCUGGUUGGUGGAGUGGCUACGAUGAGGGCCGUACAAUGUCCCCAUUGCUUGAAAUUCCUCAAUGGGAGGAAAAACUGCGGAAGACAGGCUUUGAACAAACAUCACCUAUGUUCAAUGACUAUGAGCGUAAGGAUGGAGGUACCAUUAGCGUUUUCGUUGCUCAUGCCAAUGAGACUCACGAAUCUGAAGCAACUACUUCCGCCGUGGAGGUUGUUGGUCUCAAGUCUGGCGACCAAGCCACUGCCCGUCUUGCAAACAAGCUCAAGGAAUCCAUGCCAAAUGAUGACAUUAUUUCAAGUGAUCUUGAGACACCCUACGAAGGUGAUACGGUCUCGGUACUGCUUCCAGAAGUGUGCGAUAUUCUAGCGGGGUCGAUUCAAGAUAACCAAUGGGACGCAUUGAAGGAACGAAUAACCCUGUCAAAAGCAGCAUUGUUCAUUACACAGGAACGAACUGCAGAGUCUACCAGACCAGAUGGAGCUCUCAUUAGUGGUUUCCUCCGUUCGCUUCGUAUGGAACAUAACGAGAUCAGACUUAUCUCCCUAGAGAUCAGCGCCAAAUCCACCCCAGACAGCGUUGUAGAUGUGAUUGCGGAUGUGCUUCGUAGCCCGUCAUUUGAUCUUGACGCCGUUGCCGGAGAUGUUGAAUCAGAAUACCGGGAAAGAGAUGGUCAGCUCUAUGUACCCCGAGUUGUGGCUCAACGGGCCAUGAGCAAGUUUAUCCACGACUCUCUAGGAAAGUCGGAGCCCGAAGAGUCGUCAUUCCUCGGACAUGAUAGAGUCCUUACAGCAGAGCUUGCCAUUCCCGGUUUGCUGGAGACAAUUAGAUGGAAGGACGAUCCAGAGGCCGUGGGACCACUCGACCCUGACCAUAUCAAGAUCGGACUUGGUGCAGCAAGUAUCAACUUCAAGGACGUCCUGAUUGCCUCUGGCCAACUGGAAGGUAUCAACCAAAUGCAAAACGACUGCGCUGGUAUUGUCAUUGAGGUCGGAGCCAAUAUGAGAGACCGUUUUAAGCCUGGUGACCGUGUUUGCGCUCUCUACUCGCGUUCUUACACCAACUACCCCAUUGUCCACGGUGACUGCUGUCAUGUCAUCCCCGACAGUUUGACAAUCGAAGAAGCAGCUUCUCUGCCAAUUGUUUGGAUCACUGUCUAUUACUCAAUCGUUGACAUGGGUAAGCUAAAGAAGGGUGAAAGGGUUCUUAUUCACUCAGGUGCUGGGGCUGUUGGUCAAGCCGCCAUCAUGCUAGCGAAAUACCUAGGCGCAGAGAUCUUCGUCACUGUAGGAAGUGACACGAAGAAGGAAUUCCUCAUUCAGAAGUUUGGCAUCCCCGAAGAUCACUUCUUCUCAAGUCGAAACACCUCUUUCUAUGAGGGAAUCAUGAAGAUGACUGGUGGCCGCGGUGUCGACGUCGUGCUCAACUCCUUGAGCGGUGAGAUGUUCCGUGAAUCAACCAAUAUUGUGGCGCCCUUCGGACGUUUUGUUGAAAUCGGCCGAAAGGAUCUCAUGGACGAUGCAUUGAUGCCAAUGGAGUUCCUUUUGAAGAAUGUAACGUUUGCUUACGUCGACAUGGCUCUUGUGAUCGCCAAGGCCAAGACUCUUGCUCAGCGUGUACUCCACGACGUUAUUGAGUUGAUAAAUGCUGGUGCUAUUGGACCUGUCUCCAUCAUGGUAAUGCCAAUCUCCAACCUUGAAGAUGCUUUCCGCUUAAUCCAAGCUGGUAAGCAUAUUGGAAAGAUCAUCCUCACCGUCGAAGAAGACCAACAAGUCAAGAUUAUUCCUCCUCGCCCAAAGUCAGCUAAACUCAAAUCGGAUGCGACUUACAUUGUUGUAGGAGGUCUCGGUGGUCUCGGAAAGCGCAUCGUUCUUUGGAUGGCCGAGAGAGGCGCGAAGAACAUUGUCACCUUUUCUCGCUCUGGUACCAUGAAUGAGCAAGCCCUCUCUUUGAUGGAGUCUGCAAAGAAACUGGGAACUAUCGUUCACGUCAAGAAGUGCGAUGUUGGUGAUGAAAAUCAAUUGAAACAGGUUGUAGCCGAACUGAAAGACAAUCUACCGCCAAUCCGUGGCAUAGUACAAUCGGCUAUGAUUCUCGAGGACUCCGUGUUCGAUGAGAUGACCUAUCAGCAAUGGUCGGGUGCUGUCAACCCUAAGGUCAAGGGGACCUGGAACCUUCACAAUGCUCUGCCGUCAAGCCUUGACUUCUUUGUAAUGCUAUCCUCCGCCGUCGCCCUUGGUGGUAAUGUCGGCCAGAGUAAUUAUUCUGCAGCUUGCGCUUUCCAAGAUGCUCUUGCCCAUUACAGGAACUCUCACGGUCUACCUACCCAUUCGAUCAAUGUCGGUGCCAUCGUUGAGAUCGGAUAUGUCAGCGAAAACCCUGAGGUUGCCGCUUCUUUGCGCCGACAAGGUAUGGGAACUACAUCAGUGUUUGAGUUCCUUGCCCACCUUGAUCAAGUGAUCUCCAAUCCCUUUGCAAGCCAAUCUGGCCUCUGCCAGACCUCAAUUGGUUUGACUCCAUCCGGAGACGAGCUUGGUCUUGGUGAAAGUGUCUGGAUGGAGGAUAUGAAAUUCGUCCAUGUCCGUAGACAAGGUGCCUCUCAAGUUCAAGUCGCUGGUGCAACGUCAGAUGUUAUUGCGGAACUUCGAUCAGCAAGCACAUCAGAGGAUGCCGUCGAAGUGAUCUGCCAGGCCAUAUUGGUGCAGUUGAGCAAAGUUACCGCACUACCAGUGGAGCGUCUCAACCCUGAUGAAAGCUUGGAUGCCUACGGCGUUGACUCUCUUGUUGCUGUCGAGCUGAGAAACUGGAUUGGCGCAUAUCUACAAGCAAACGUUCCUCUGCUUGUCUUGAGAGGUACUGGCAGUAUCCAAGAGCUAGCAGAAAUUGUGACAAAGGAGUCACGUCUUGUAGAGGAUUCGUUGAAGCCCAAGACUGUAUCAAAGGAGUAA